AUGGCGCCUUCGCGACAACGACCACGCUGGACUGUCAUCACAGGCGCAGCCCUCGCCGUGCUCCUCCUCUGGUACAACUUCCCUGGCAACGUGACCCGCCGUCAACACAUUGCCCCUGUCGAUUGGAGUCAGGCGCGACAGUACUACCCUCCAGAAACCAUCAAGCCCCUCCCUACCGGUCACCCUCGACGACCAAUACCCCCUGUCCAAGCGUCCAUGGCAUCGUUCCAGCAUCCCUCCGCAACCGAUCCACGUCGCGACCAAGUACAAAGAGUCUUUGAGCGGAGUUGGAAUGCUUACAAGGACGAGGCCUGGGGCCAGGACGAGCUCAACCCUGCGUCUGGUGGCGGCAAAGAAACGUAUGGAGGGUGGGCCGCGACCAUGGUCGACGCGCUCGAUACGCUCUGGAUCAUGGGCAUGAAGGACGAAUUCGACAGCGCUGCCGAGUUCAUUUUGGACAUUAAUUUUCGGAACACGACGGCAAGUGCCAUCAAUCUCUUUGAGAUUAACAUCCGGCACCUGGGCGGGCUGCUGUCGGCGCACGACCUUAGCGGACGUGCAGACUUGUUGGGGAAAGCCGUAGAACUUGGCGACAUGCUCUAUAUGGCGUUCGAUACCCCCAACGGCCUGCCCGGGUUCUGGUUCAACUUUGAGGAGGCGUUGGACGGCACGCAACGUGCCGGCGAAAACGACGCCCCUGCAGCGCCAGCCUCCAUGUGUCUCGAGUUCACGAGGCUGUCGCAACUGACAGGCGACGCAAAGUAUUUCUCCGCCGCGGAUCGCGUGACACGGUUCCUCGCGAGGAUACAGCGUGACACGUCUCUGCCUGGUCUGUGGCCUGUCGAGAUGGACUUUCGGAACGAGCUCGCGAGUAGCAGUCGUUUCUACAGCAUCGGGGCUGGUGCCGACUCGCUGUACGAGUACCUGCCCAAGAUGCACGCUCUUCUCGGUGGAGUAGACGAGAAAUUCCAGGUGAUGUACACUCUGGCCAGCAAACAAAUCCAGCAAACCCUGCUGUUCCGACCUAUGCUGCCGGACAACGAGGACAUCUUGUUCCUUGGCAAUGCCCAGACACACGAGUUCAGCCCCGGGGUCACGCGUGAUUACCAAAGCCAGCAUCUGACAUGUUUUGCCGGAGGCAUGUUUGGCCUGGGCGGCAAGUUAUUUGAGGAGAAGGGCGACCUUGAGCUGGGCGAGCGUCUCGCUCGGGGUUGCGGAUGGGCUUAUUCGCAAUUUCCCUCUGGUGUGAUGCCCGAGAUGUUUGGUUUCUUCGGCUGCCCGUCUCUGGAGGUCUGUGAAUGGGAUGAAGAGAGAUGGAGGCAUCGCACCGACCGGGCGACGCCCAAGGGUUGGCGGCAGAUCAAGGACCCUCGGUAUCUGUUACGGCCAGAGGCUGUUGAGAGCAUUUUUCUGCUCUACCGCAUGACAGGCCACGAGGACCUGCGCGAUCUCGCGUGGGAGAUGUUCCUGGGUAUGGUCGGAUCCACGGAGACCGAGCUGGCCUACUCGGGGAUCGCAAAUGUCAUGAAGGACAAAGUCACGGAGAAGUUGGACACGAUGGAUAGUUUCUGGAUGGCCGAGACGCUCAAGUAUUUCUACCUCCUCUUCUCGACGCCCGAUACCUUGAGCUUGGACGAAUGGGUUCUGAACACGGAGGCGCAUCCGUUUCGUCGGCCAGGAUGA